AUUAGUGGAUCAAUAAAUUCUGGGGAAUAUCCCUAAAGCGUGUUAUAUUUUAUUGCUAUCAUCGCUUUUUUUUCUUACUCCUCUUUUAUGAUUCAUUGUAAUUUAUUUAUUUUUUUCCUCGUCGAGUUUCGAGUGUCAUCGCCAUACGCAGCUUCCAGUCGAUCAUGGUGAAAAAACACAGUUCAAGUCUGAGCUGCUAUGCUGAGUUAUCUGCGUAGCUACGGGAAAGUUUCAACAUGAGAAUCGGUACGGUCAGAGCUUGUGUGCUCGUUGUUUUGGUCUUAGCGUUUUCUGAAACGAGCAACAGCGAGCUUGAAAAAAUUGGACAAUUACCCGGAACGACUUUGGUAAAGUUCUACGCGUACAGACACGUCGCUAUUGUAUAUUUUAGGAUUCCGGAAGACGUUGCUCUUGCGACAUGGAAGUUUCGUGCGAAGGAGAUGAAAACUGGUGGAAUAUUUCGGUGUUCGGCUCAGAGUGUCACCGUGCACUUGAAGCCCGGGAGUAUCCCUUUGGUAAAUCCUGACAAAUCUAAGCUACCGGCUAAUCUCCUGGAGGCCCGAAACGCUCAUUAUACCCUCUCGUUUACCAGCGAUGGAACGCAACAAGCCCAAAAUGUUACGGCACCUUUGCCCGGGGAUUGGUUCGCCGUUGCGUUCAAAUCCUGGUCAGAUCCAAAGGAUGGAAAGAUCGAGCAGCAAGGUCUCAGUGCAUCCUGCGAGACGAUUCUUGACGCCGAAUUGUACGUGAAGCGGGAGACAACGAGUCCAAUAUCUUUGGCCACGGACUUGGCUCCGGCAAAUAUUCGGCUGUCACGUGUGGGAGAUUCGUCGACGUUGCGUUUCCUCAUGCCGAACGACAAAACUCUAUCCGAAAUAGCGAUCUCCUCUUCAUCCGGCGAGGCAUCGGAACUCGAAGUAAACGUAACCGCUGGCUCCUACGUCCCCUACGGCGACCUUGGACUUGCCAGGAUCACCUUGAAUUCGACUACGGCGAUCGUUCCCUUCAAAGUUUGGAAAAAUUCCCUCCAUUACGUCACGAUUCGCCUGCUUUCGGGCGCGCCUACUGAGAUCUCCGUCGCCCUUGACGGCGGUUCGCAGAGGUCCUCGAGCGCCAAGGUCACCGAAUUAAUCAGAAAAUCCUACCCGGACUUCUUCCUUUUCGACUACGAGUACCUUACGUCGAACAACGCCACCAAAUCGUCGCCGGUGAAUCUCACCUCGACAGAAACCACGGUAUUCUCAUUCUUUAUCAACCCUAUCAGCGACAUCGGAGGAACUUUGACCGUCGCCUUGAGGCUCAAGGAUAAGGGGAAGGCGGAGGCGGAAGAUUUCACAGUCGUCGGUUGUCUCCAUUACGGAACUUUCCAGGACAUUUCACCGGAGACUGGACGCUGUUAUUCGGAAACCAGCGACCCAAGUCUUCCGGUUCUUAUAACGUCAAAAUCGAGUCCUGGCCCCGUCUACAUUCACGCUCCUUUCCCGGAACCCGGUGUCUGGUAUUUGAGUCUCCGGGCCUUCCUGAAACCCGCUAACUGCAGCUGCCUGCAGGGAAACUGUAGCGAAAACUGCAAUUCGACGUGUUCCUGUUUGACGACGACGUCCGGAGCGGUUGAAAUCAGCGUAGCGUCUUCGCCGUGCAUCGAAGGUAACUGCGGUCCCCACGGACGAUGCGUUCAUUACAUGAGCGGUGGAUUCGUAUUUUCCGCGUGCCACUGCACCCGGGAUUAUCGUGGACUGGACUGUGCGGAUGUUCAGUACGUGCAAGACGACUCGACGGUGUUACUCGAACUGCUCAUGCUCACCCUCAGCAAUCUCGUGUUUUUGGGAUCAGUUUACUUCGCCCUUCGUCGCCAGUAUUACGCUGAGGCUGUUGUUUACUUCUUCGUUAUGUUUUUUUCGACAUUUUAUCACGCCUGCGAGUCCGGAGAGGACGUGUACAAUUUCUGUAUAAUGCGAGUCGGCGUUUUACAAUUCUGUGACUUUUUCACCGCCCUACUCGCCUUCUGGGUUACCCUCGUCGCUAUGGUAGGGCUCACCCCAAGACUCACCACCAUUUUUGACCUCGGAGGUGCUGUAGUUUUAGCAAUGUGCGCGGAGCUCAAUCGUACGGCCUUGUGGGUCUUUAUGACACCGGCUCUCACGGGAUCGAGCUUAGUUAUUUUCGUCUGGAUAAGAAGGUGCAGGAAAAGGAAGACCAUUCACUACCCUUCGAGAGAAUAUCAGUAUUAUUACUUUCCCGCGGGCCUCGGCCUCGUCGCCACGGGUCUCAUUUGCUACGCAUUUCUGCAGACGCAAAAAAAUUACAGUCUCGUGCACAGUUUGUGGCACAUGGCCGUAGCCGGUGGUGUGAUGCUGCUGUUACCUGAUCGAAAAUACUUGAAAUGAAGGUAGCUAUUAGCGGAUACUAGGAAUACAUUCAAUUAUCUAUAGAUAGACAUCGGAGUGAAACGUCCAUUAAAGUUCAUGACGAACACUAUGUUUGUAAGAUCAUGUAAGAUUAUAUUUUUAGUCUCGACCAAUAUAAUUAGGAGCGUUGCGAAGUUCACGUACGUAUACGUGAAAAUAUCGCGAAAAUUGGCGUGGUGCUAUUUUAGUGACAAUUACUCACCAUUUGUUACGCAAAAAGCAAACGAAGGAAUUUAUGUAAGUCCGAACAUUUUCAAUGCAGAAAUGGUUUUUAUUUCUUUUUAUUUUGCGAAGAUUUAUAAAUUUUUUUUUUGUGCACAAGAUCAUCGAUUGAGUACCUGAUUCGAUUCGAAAGAUAACGGCGUUGAAAAUUUGUUGGUAAUUGACACUCUAACGAUAAGUAAGUAUGCGUUCCAAACGAGAGACUUCAUAGUAUUGUACAAAGAAUGAAAUUUUAUUGUUGAUAUUCAAAGUUAUAUUGCUACAUUCGAAUAAUUUAUAAACGGUAACUUUGAGCGUAUAAUGCCCAAUGUUGAAUACAACCAUUGUCGAACAAUGUGCGAAUACGAUAAUGUUAUCUGCAACGUAAUGCUUUUGUAUUUCCAUAUUGUGAGACGAACUCAGGCUCCAACGGUUUUCCAAUCAUUGGGAAUUCACCGCCUAUGUUAUUCUGUAAAUAGAUUCCAAAAUUAUAAACUUCACGGAGUAAAAAAUCGUUACAAAAUUAA